GGGUCUUAAUCACUCGGCAGGGCAGGCUCUCCCCACCGGCGUCUCUUUCCUGCAGAUGGGGUGUUCACACCGGUUCCGCGGCUCGGGAUAACCUGAUCCGAAGUCGGAUUUGUGGCAUCAUUUGCAUCAUGGCCCUGGAGCUGCCUCUCAUCCCGAGACGUUUCCUCUGGUUUGUCCUAGCCCAUCACUUUAUCGUGGUCACCGCGUGCCAUGAAGCCGACUAUGGCCAGUUGAUCGAGGAUUACUGCCUAAGCCAGUUUAAAUUUGACAUGGAAAUGAUAGGGCAGAAGCUGUGGUGUGACUGGGAUGAGACAGUAGGCUCCUACGGCGAGCUCAUCAACUGCACCUUGCUGAUAGCCGAGAAACUGGCUUGCUAUUGGCCGAACCAGCGGGUGGACGAGUUCUUCAUAGCCAUUCACAAGCACUAUUUCAAAAAUUGCUCCCUCUCUGGGAGGUCUCUACGCGACCCACCGAACAACAUCCUAUACCCGUUCCUUGUGGUCCCCAUCCUCAUCACCCUGCUCAUGACGGCGCUGGUGGUGUGGCGGAGCAAGCGGAGUGAGGGCAUUGUGUAAGCUAGUGUGCCCCAGGAUCUCACUACAUCAAUAGAGACCUACCUUCCUGUGGACUAAACCCUCUCUGUCAGACCGGGCGAGCCCUUGUGGAAUCAGCAGCACGUUGGAAGCUUUGUAACCCUAAGGCAAAGUGUGGAGACAGAACAGUGCACACUUGACGUUUAACACUGUCCUGAGCAGAGAGGGGUUCUGUACCUAUAUACAUUUCCUCUGGAUAACAACCCUUUAUUCAGGCAGAGAUGACAUGCUUUGGACUAAUGCCACUUCUCAAUAAUUACUCUCAGUAACUGCAGCACUUCUUGCAAACCAAUUACUUGGUCAUUUUAAAAAUCAUUUAUAAAGACAAUUAAUUGAAAAGUAUAUAGUAUAGGUCACGAUUAGUGUUUAUACACUUAAUCAGUAAUCAGCCACAGGAUGGAUCUGGCGAGGUACCAUUCUGUAGACAUCUAAUUAUUAUAAUUUAUUUCUUGCAAAGUUUUGGCUUGAAUGCUUCUGAAGUCUAUCGUUGUUAAUUAAAGGAACCCUUGAUUACUUUGCAAA